AUGAAUCCCCAGGAACGGCAAGCUGCCGAUUUGCGUGCGCUUUCAAUGGCACAAAUGCAGCAACAACAAGGGCAGGUAAGUCAGUCGUAUGUGAACGAAUGCACUUUGGGGGUGUUACAGCAAACCGCGAUGAACGAGCAAAUGGAGGCACAAAAACAAGUGGCUCUCGUCAAACCAGAGAAGGCGAAAGCAGCCGAGAACUAUCUUCUUCAGGUAAGAGGAAGGAUUCAAAACUGUGGCCAUGUCUCCACUCAGCUUAUUCGGGGUGGUGCUGCUCAACGUGGGCAGAUUGAUGAAGAAACAGUUCGUGGCGUUUUAGAGAAAAUGAGUGAAGCUUCAGGAAAAGGAAGUGGGUUUCGUAGAAAAAAAUUCGGGUCUGACGAUGAAGAUGAUGAUUUCUGA